AUGCCAAGUACCAAUCUUCAUGAUCCCAUAUCAGGCAGAUAUAAAUUCGAUUUUGACAGUGACUUUGAUGAGGGAACCUCGUCUAGUGACUAUGCCUUCAACGAAGAAGAGGCGUACGAAGAAUGGAAUUACUUCGCCCAACGUGAAGCUCGUCAUAAUUUGAUGGAUGAAAGUGAUAGUGAAGAGGAACAGCGUCCUAGUAAACCUCUAGACAUUCGCUGUAAAGAACUACCCAAGAAAUUUCGACCCCAAAGUAGCCUGGAUUUCCUUCAGAACAUUGUGGCAAAAAAUUUGACUUCCGAUUCAAGGCACUACAUUCACACUCUCAGGCGAAUACAGCAGUAUAUGAUUCCUCUUGUACUCAAUGAGUUCACAUUUCUCGCAAUGGGACCGGCAGGUUCGGGAAAAACGACAGGCUAUUUACUCCCUUUAGUAAACAAGCUAGUGGAGCUGAAGGAAAUUGAGUUAUAUGGACGUAAGGGCCCAGCGGCUCUUAUCGUAACUCAUACAGAGAACAAGAUUAAACAUAUAAAGGAGCUCUGCAAUAGAUACUCUCGAGGUUCUUCUUUGGUGAAGUACUUCACGACUACGGAGGAACUGAACAGGCAAUCAUCGUUCAAUCCCAGCAUUGUUAUUGAUGUCAUUUGCGCGUCCGCAACAGUUAUGGUUGACGCGCUUGGUAAAUAUCAUGUACCUUUGAAAUGGGUCAAAUUUCUGGUUAUUGAAGAGUUUCACUUCUGCACAGAAGGAUCGGAAUACAAAGAGAAUUUAAUUGCGGUCAAAAAACUUCUUUCGAAUCAUGGAGUCACUCCGGUCUCCAUAUUCAUAUCUACGAUAGUGCCAGAAGAAAAGAUGAUCGAUAUAAACUUUAUGUUGGAAAUAGCGAACACUAGAGUGGCAAGACUGAUUGCUCCUCCAAUGAUGGAAGAGUUAUCCGUAUCUGUGCUACCUGUGAGUAUUCCUUCUUUCUGUUGUUACAUUAUGUAUUUUGGCUUACGUUCUAGGAGUUGA